GAUCGUGGCUGACUGCUCCAGCGGCUACGCUUAUUUUUUUGCUGUUCACGGUUCACGGCAGCACGCAACACUUCGGCACUUCCUCGGGCGAUCAGUCGUGCAUCAUCGUUCAUCGUGUCACUGUUUGAGUACGCGCUGUGGUUUCUGUGCAUCUCAACUUCAGCCCUCGAAUCAGCGAUUGCAUCGCGUUCUUCACCGUGAACGUGCUCAGGCAUGGCCAUCUGCAACGGGUUUCUGAGGCAUCCCCUAGCGUUUCUGCUGCUGCUGCUUCUGUGUCCCCGUGGGACCCCCAGUGCCAACCCGGAGGACAACGAGUUUGCGGAGUUUGAAGAGUUUGACGAGGAGGAAGAGCAGAAGGGGGUUCCGGGGGGAUCGCAGGGAGCUGUCCCGCUGCCCCAGAAGGAGCAAGAAGGGGAGGAUGAAGCUGCGGUAGAGGAGGAAGAGGCAGAGGAGUUUGACCACUUCCAGGAUGAGGAGGAGUUUGAGGGCCUUGACCAGGACAGACCCGUCAAGGCCAAGCCUUCGGGGGACAGGCCGGACCUAACCAUCGCCAAGGUUCCCCUGCACCUGCGCAGCAACUGGGAGAGCUUCUACAUGGAGUUCCUGAUGCUGGCUGGCCUGCUGGUCUACUUCACCAACUUUGUGGCGGGACGCAACAAGAACCACCGCCUGGCCAGCACCUGGUUCAACAGCCACCUUUCGCUCCUGGAGGAGAACUUCUCCCUAGUCGGGGACGACGGCCGCAAGGAGCUCGAGGAGGGCAACCCGUCGGGGGGAGGGCUGGUCAAGGACUCGGAGAGCGCCUACACGCUGUGGUGCAGUGGCCGCGCCGGCCUCGAAGGGAUGCUGGUCGAGCUGCGGCUGGUCAAGCGGCAGGACUUGCUAGGCCUGCUGUCGCGUCUCGUGCGUCCCGUGGGAGACCAGAUCGUGGUGAAAGUGACUAUGAGCCCGGCCUCGAUGGACAACUUCGUCAUGUGCGUGGCCUGCAAGAAAACCGGAGCCAAGCUCAUGAAGGGCCUGGCCGAUCUGAGCACCUACUGCCCGGAGAAGAAGAAGCCCGAGAAGUAUGGGCUGCCGGCCGGCUUCAUGGUCAUGUCUGAGAUGGGAGAGGUGGCCAACGCCAUGUUAGAUGCCAAGGUGCUGUCGAUCAUCAAGAAGUAUGAGGACUGCAUCGACUACAUUCACAUGUCCGACCAAUACUCUGGGCCUCGUAUUCAGGAAGACACUCAGCCCACCAAAUUGCCUGAGGUGAAGAAGGUGCUUCUGUUUGGCUUCAACGUGCCAGGCAUGGGUCACGUGAGCCCCGAGACGAUGGAGGACAUGAAGCCCCUGAUGCAGCUCGUCUUCUACUGCGUGGAGAAAGUGCGACGCUUCAAGCUCAGCAAGGAGGCGAAGCUGAAGAGCGAUAAGAACCGGCUGAAGGUGGAGGAGGAGUUCCUGAAGACGACGCAUGCCCAGCGGCAGGAAGCGGCCCAGUUGAAACGGGAGGAGCGCCGCCGGGUCGAGAAGGAGCGCAUGAUGAACGAGGAGGACCCCGACAAGCAGCGCAAGUGGGAGGAGCGUGAGCACCGCCGGGAGCUGAAGCGGAGAACCCCGAAGAUGAAGCAGCUCAAAGUCAAGACCCUGUAGGGCCGAGGCGCCGUCUCUUGCCCCCAGGGGACGCGCCCCGAGUCGUCGGAGCAUCGCUCGUGGCCGUGCGGUGGCCGGAAACUUCGUGUCUCAUCACGGCCAAAGGCUGUGGGGAGCUCGCCUUUGACAAGCCCUGGAAAAACAGACACUGUCCUUCAUCAUGUUGGCCGAGGGUUAGGAAACUUGGGGAAUCGGACGUGCGUGACAGCGAAAGACUCGUCUUCCGGUUUGGGGUAUCUGCGGUCAAAUACUUUACUAGCUGCGGUCGUCGAAGAAGAUUCGAGGGACCUGCUUGCCAAAUGUGUAGAAAAGAAACGGGAAGAAAGGGAAGUGACGUUAGAUAUUCUCGAAGGCGCGCAUAGCGGUUAUCCCUGUGCUCUGGUGCGGGUCGGGUAGUGCACCCGGUCUUUUGCCGGGGCCGUUGUUCUCAACUAAAAUUUUGCGUGAAGGGGGUUUUACAUAAAUGUCGGAAGUGCCUAAUGUCUCUCAAAAGAGGUCUGGGAGAGAUUGAAACUGCAACCAAGGUUGGCUUCUGGAUUCUGUCCGUGAGUUUGUUUCGCUGUAUGCUUUCUCUUUUUACUUUGAGUUGUGACUUUCAGAAUGAUUUGGCCUUGGCGGCCAAGCGUGCGAUUUUUGAGUAAUAUUUCAAUGUGAACAUAAUAUGUAAAGCAAGGAGGGAUUGUCUUCCGUACGUAUGUGCGAUGCAAGAGGAGCUUCAGGGUCGACCGUGGUACCGAGCGACUUCGGUACACUACAACAAGGGUGCGAAGCGUUCCCUUUCGGUCGGCGGUGGGACAACUGGGAAGUCACGGAGCCCGGGACGGAACUUUAAGAAUGUUUGGCAGCGGUGAAAAUUGCCCACUCGGGUUUGUUUCGUGGCAAGGCACGGCUUCGCUGCGGGUAAACCGACGCGCCGUGUGCAAGACUGAAGAUACAAAUUAUUUUUCUUAUUGUCGGUAGGUGUCCACUACUCGUUCGGACGCAGUACUUCCGCUGUACAUACCCUGUCCCGAGGUUCGACUUUCAACGAUCCAUUAGCUAUGCCACGAAAGUUUGCCAUGCGAUUAUACGUAGAUUGAAUGAUAGUAAUUUCUUCUCAUUUCACGGAACGAGCAAGAGAUUUAUAUGGUAGGUGCAGUUGCCCCUUUGGAAAAUAAAAUUUCUCCAGACAUGCCUUGA